CAAGGCUAAGGCCGAGAAGGCCCGUGAGGCCAAGCUCAAGGAGGAGAUGGACGCCAAGCGUGCCAAGACCAAGGCCGCCCGCGAGCGCAGACAGGAGCGUGUCGAGCAGAAGAGACUCGCUUUCGCUGCCGACGACGAGGAGAAGAAGGCAUAAACGAGACAAUGUCACGGCGUGGCUUGAUGAUAUCUGAAAAACGCACAAGUCCGUUACGGCGGUGCUCUCGGUUCGAAUGGUGUUCUCUCUUCGUGGGCUUACGUUCUGGCGUGCGAAAUAUACCGGGGACCGAAUGGAUCAGUGCAGGCAUCAGUUUUGCAUGUACAUCGGUUUUAUGCAAUGAGGGCAAUGUGAUCCAAAAACUUCUUUUUUUCUUUGCCAAAAUACCACUUGUGUUUCCUGUUCUCUACCUCGCAUCAAGGUAUGAAUCUAGAAUGUUGACUCGCGUGCUUGGGUUUGAAACAAGUCUUUGUCUUGUAGUCCUGUUCAUAUGCUCGGUGGGCAGCACAUGUAGUUCUCACUGAUCCAGUCAGACUCGUGAUGCUGUCAUCUCGCGAAGGUAAUAUGCUCUAGAUUAGAUGCACGUGAUGUUCAGGCUGCAGCUCCACUCCGCGCUUACAUCUCGAAUUUUCCAACGGCUAUCCCCAGUUCUAUCUUGAUGUUCGACACUUAAGGUUUAC